ACAACAUCUCACCUUCUUUCUUUAGUCCAAGUGCUGGAGCACGUUUGAGUGACCAUGGAGUGCAUUUGCUGUCAUGUAGUUCAGCGUUAACACGGCGUGAAUAUUAGAAGAGGGGGACUUUAGCGUGGAUACGAGGAGGCACAGUCGAGCCAUGUCUGCACGGGAGGAAGGAGAGCUUUUGCACAGUAAAACAAGGCACCACGACGGAGCUGGAAGUGUAAACAGCUCAGAGGGCUUCAGGAACGGCUAUGUGAAGAGCUGCGUCACCCCUCUCAAACAGGACCAUCACAGGGGAUUUUUGUUUAACGUGUGCAGGUUUUCCAACGAAGACAUUCUUAAUUCAAAAUUGUUAAAGAUAUCUGCCCUUUACGUCGGCGCGUUUGUAUUCUUCGCAGUUUCUUUUCUCAUUUCUAGGAGCUUGCAAAGUGACUCGCUGUGGGAUUUGCGGACUUUUUUGUCGGGCUUCUCCCAGUCCAUCAGUCCUUUAUUCAGCAUAGGAUGUGCUUUUUUCUUUCUCACCUUUUACCUGAGGAGGAAAAAGAAGGAGAGCAGUAAAUGUUGGCUCCUGUCACUACCAGCAUCGUGUUACCUCGGGGAUUUUUUUGUUUUGCGGUUUUUGCAAUGGGGAGAGGACCAACACCAGAUGCAAAUGGUGGGCAGGUUGUUAUUCGUGUUGGGAUGUGUGGGUCUGCUCACACUGAUUCCAACUCUGAAACUCAAACACAGUGUUCUUAUCCUGGUGUUUGCCAGCGUUGUGUGGCUGGUUUCUUUCACAAGUUUGAGCGGUCUGCCUGCACUGCUCCGACCUCUCUUCGCCUGCUUUGCGGGGGUUUCGGGCUCCCUGUUGGGGCUCUGUUUUGACCGCUACUACCCGUCGAGGGAAGCACCGAGUGGGAUUUCCACCGCGGAGGAAAAGGUCCCAGUGAUCAGACCUAGGAGAAGGUCCAGUUGUGUUUCACUUGGGGAAACGUCGACCAGCUAUUAUGGCAGUUGUAAAAUGCCUCGCAGACCUUCGCUGCCCUGCAUAUCCAGAGAACAGAUGAUCUUGUGGGACUGGGAUCUGAAACACUGGUACAAACCCCAGUAUCAGGGUGCGGUGAGCGGCAACGGCGUGGAUCUUUCAGUCAACGAGGCCAGGAACCUGGUGUCCGACCUGCUGAUGGACUCCUCUCAGUCCCCACACACCAUCUCAGCCCUGCGCAGCAUCUCCAGCCUCAUGGGGACAUUUUCAGGCUCGUGCCGCCCCAGGGUCAACCCCUUCACCCCCUUCCCCGGGUUCUACCCCUGUGGUGAGGUGGAGGAUUCUGUAGAGAGGAGUGACAGAAAGACCAUAAAGGGUUUGAGCAGCAGGAACAGCCUCCCCACCCCUCAGCCCAGGAGGAGCUCCACCUCCUCCUCCUGCUCUGCACUCCCUCCUCUUGACUCCUCUUCCUUACGCUGGGAACGCACUGGCAAGAGACCCCACCCAGACCUCAACUUGAGCAGCUCAGGUCUGUCUAAUGGACCCAAUCCAAACCUGCUCACGAUUCCCAAGCAGAGGUCUUCGUCUGUUACUCUCACCUACCAUUCAGGGUCCAGGAGAGCAGGGGCCUCUCCGAGCCUGAGCCCAGUCACCUCCCCCAGCCACGGUACUCUCGCAGGUUCCUCAUUGUCUCUCGUCACUCGAUCGCCUGUGGUGUUUCCAGACACGGCUGACUUCCUGACAAAGCCCAGUGUCAGUUUAAACCUGCACAAGCCCUUGGGCUACACCCUCAGCUCACCUGAUUUCCAGCAGGCCUUCCGUAGCUCCGCCUUCCCUCUGUGCACCAGCUGUGGUCGUCAGAUGCUCAAGGGCGUUACCAGCGGUGACGCAGGGGAAUCCUAUCAAACAUUUACUAGUGAGGCUCAACGCAGACGCUCAGCAGGUGAAGGGUUGGAUUUUGCAGGAGAGUCUCUGAUCAGGGAGGAGAGCGUGGAGGUGGACGUGUCGGGGGACGGGGGUCCAGACGCUGCAGGGAACACGGGGCAGGAGGAGAAGGACAAGAGCACAGACCAGCAAACUCAGGAAUCAGAGGGUGAGCAGGAGUUCAGACUAGAUCCUAUGCUGAAGGACCAAGAGGCUCUCAUGGAGAGGAUGAACACCUGGAACUUCCAGAUCUUUGACCUGGUGGGCAGGACGGGGGGGAAGACCGGAAGGAUACUCAGCUAUGUGACGUACACCCUCUUCCAGGAUACGUGUCUGUUUGAGAUAUUUAAGAUCCCUGUGAGGGAGUUCAUGUCAUACUUCUGUGCUCUGGAAAGUGGCUACAGAGACAUUCCCUAUCAUAACAGGGUCCAUGCUACUGAUGUGCUCCAUGCUGUCUGGUACUUGACCACUCGACAAAUCCCCGGGUUCCAGCAGAUUCACAGCGAGCAUGUGACAGGAAGUGACACAGAUUCAGACAGUGGGAUCUCUCCAGGCAGGGUGUCCUACGCCUCCUCUAAAAGCUCCUCCAUUUCAGAUGACAGCUACGGCUGCCUGGCCUGGAACAUACCUGCCCUGGAGCUCAUGGCCCUUUAUGUAGCAGCUGCAAUGCACGACUAUGACCAUCCCGGUCGCACAAAUGCCUUUCUAGUAGCCACUAAUGCAUCUCAGGCGGUGCUGUAUAAUGACAGGUCAGUGCUGGAGAACCACCACGCUGCGUCUGGCUGGAGCCUCUACCUGUCCCAGCCCGAGUUCAACUUCCUGGUCAACCUGGAUCAUGUGGAGUUCAAACGUUUCCGCUUCCUCGUCAUCGAAGCUAUACUGGCCACAGACCUCAAGAAGCACUUUGAAUUCCUGGCUGAGUUCAAUGCCAAGGUGAAUGAUGUGAACAGUCCAGGAAUCGAUUGGACCAUGAGAACGACAGGCUGCUGGUCUGUGCAAGUGUGUAUCAAGCUGGCAGAUAUCAAUGGGCCAGCCAAAGUCCGUGAUCUGCACCUCAAGUGGACAGAAGGCAUCGUCAAUGAGUUUUAUGAGCAGGUGUGGAUAAAGACCAUCGAGGAGGAGGAGAAGAGCAAAGAGAUCAGCAAACAGCAGCAGCCCGACGGCCUCCUCCCAAACCUGCCCGCCAGCCUGCCCACCUCCCCUUCAGAUGACAUCCAGGUCAUCCAGGAGGAGGAGGAGGGAGAGGAGCGUCAGUAGCAGCAGCAGGGCGGAGGAAAAAACAGAGACACGUGAAAAAGAAGAGGAGAGGCAGAACAAGGACAUGAGUCCCUCAACCACCUGCCUUUCACCGACACAAACAGACAGAUGCACAUAAAACACACUUUUCUCCCUCCCUCUCUUUUUCUUACACGUACACACACAUAUUGAAAGAUUCACUGUGCAGACACUCAGAUGCUUAAGCAGUCACAUUGUUUUUUGGAGAAACAAAAAGGCCUUACUACUGUGAGCGGAUCCUUGCUGCAACGGUGGGAGCCCAACUCCUAUGCACUUUCAACCCAGGAAGAGUCGAGUGCACCCAGAAGAAAAAAAAGCACCCGAACUGUGGAGGAAAGGUGCAGAAGAAGAAGAGUGUGGACGGAGUGGAGCAGUAUCUUACUCGACUCCACGGUGACCCGGCUGUGAUGCUGCCUUGAAUGGAAAAGCGCUUACACCUCCCUUAGGUACAAAACAAUUCCUGUCUAUUUAAAAAUGAAAGGUAGAGGAAAAAUAAUGAAGCAAGCAACAUCAUGAAGUGAUUGAUACCCUUUACCAAAGCAAACACGGAAAGACAAGAGACUGUUUCAGCCUCAAGUCAGGUAUAUUUUUGAAUUAUAUAUAUAUAUAUAUAUAUAUAUAUAUAUAUAUCUCAAAUGUGCCUGUCUGAACCUUUACUGAGUCCAUAUCGGCCCAGAGCCUAGGCUUGUGUAGUUCUCUCUCCUUGCUGGCGACACGAAACACUGUAUCAGACUCAGUCACAGAGACAUUAUUGAAAUGUUGACUGAAUAAUAGCAUUAUAUCUGCAUCAUUUUUGAUGCUUUUACUCAUGUGUACCACUGUCUUUUGUUUGGAUAUUUAACUGUCCUUGCUUCAUUUUUCUUAGAGUGUGUGAAUAUUUUUGAAGGGAAUGUGAUAAAGAGAAUGAGUAGGGAGAAAGACAGCACAUUUUUUAAUUAUUUGACCAUGUACUUUGUUUAUAUGUUUGUGUGUCCUUUCAGUAAUGGUUGCUUUCUAAUCAGUGAAAUGUCCUCUGGUGUUUUAACAUGUUGCUUUGAGAUCAGGAGUGCUGUUUCAAUGAAGGGAUUCUUCAUUUUUCUCUUUUGAUUCUAGGUAUUUGUUAAAGGUUACUCAGGAUUCACACAAAAGUUGAAUAAUUAUUUUGCAAGAAUUUAUGUCAUUACUAUAAAAUACACUUUAAAAAGUCAGAAAAUUAAAAUCUGGGUGACUGAAGUAGUUUGUAAUCUCUUAAUGAACAACUUGAAUACAAACAAAUUCAAGCAAUGAAAGCCUCUGUGACGGAGGAGCAUACAGUAUGUGCUGUCUCUCGGCCAUUCAUUCACUGUUUGCAUAACCUUUUUACAACCUCACUGGAGAAGGGCUUAUCUUGAUUGUCAGCAGACUGCAAACGUCUGUCCUGCAUCAACACCUUUUUGCAGAUCUACAACAGUCUAUUAGGUAAUCUCUUUUUCUUAAAUUCAUUGCACAAUCUACUCUGUUUUUAAACAAACAGCAAAAUGUCUAUUUAGUGUUUUGGUCUGAUGGCAAACACUGAUAUUCGGAUAAAUGUAAAGCUCAUCCAACUCCUUUUGCUCAAUUAUUAUUUAUUUUUUUGCCAAACCCAUAACUCGGCCAGUGUGUAAAGAAGGGAUCCAGGGUUAAUUUCACUUAUUGUUUAUAUAUAUACAGUACAUACAGUAUCAAGACGUGCUGUGAGGCACCUUAAAAAACUACUAGUUCUCUAUUUUUGUCUCUAAGAACUCUUGGCAUUCCACUAGUAUAAGACGUUUUAGGGAAGAGAAGGCAGAAGUGUUGCCUUGCUCCUUUAUCUUAUCACCUUAUUAAAUCAUAAUCUCUGGACAAAAUAUUAAGUAAGCAGUGUAAAUCAAGAUAGUACUAUUUAAAUACUAAACAAUAGAUACAGGUAUGCACGUUUUAAUACCAAACAAGUGUUUAGCCGCUGUACAAAAGAGUAUGUGCAUAUAAAUAUAUAUUUUUUAAAUAAUCAAAUGAAUGCAUCUGUUUUCUACACGCAGCUGACAUAUUGUACAUUGAGGUCCUGUAAGUACCAUUGUGUUUCCAGAGUUUUUAUCUACUUCUUUUUACAGGUGUGGAACUGUGGGGUUUGGGGUUUUGAUUUUUCACUUGGUUUCAGCCUGUCCCGGUUCUGCAUCAUAACCACUCUAGUAUUCCACAUUAUCUUUCUCUAUCACUGUUGUCUCAGUCGACCCAACUCGUGCCAAACUUUACCUAUACAGUAGUUUGUGGGCUGUGAUACGCUGAUUGUCAAAUUGCCUCUGGGCUCCAGUACUGUUAUUGCAAGAGAAACACCUUGAGUCAAGUAUUCCACCAGGCUCAAAAUGGCAGUGACGGUGGCAGGAGUCAGAGUUGGACUCAGGUCAGAGCCAUAUACAUUCUGACAACUCUGUCGUCAACUUAUUCACAUGGACCCAUGCUGGAUCAUAAAGCCUCGGUAGCUUCUGACCCGCUAUAUUCCUGCUCAUUAAGUUGUAAAGGUUUGUUGGCUUCUCACUGUGCAGUCUUUCAAACUACAGUGUCCUCUGAUGAUUGUGCCAUAAAUACAUCUAUGAAUGGUUGUUACCCUUAUGUAGCAUCAAUAUACGUGUGUUUGUCUAAUGUAACCAUUCACCCUUAUCUACAUUGUGGGGGCAACUGAUUUUUGUUGUUAUUUAUAGCUGUCAUAAAAACACAUCCUAAAUUA